CAAUACGACAAGGCUAAAGAGUAUCUUCAAAAAGCGCUUCUCAUCAGAACUGAGAUUGGCGACAGAGAAGGAGUAGCAGCUGACUACGGAAACCAAGCUACUGUGUUUCUUUCGCUCGGGCAAUACGACAAGGCUAAAGAGUAUCUCCAAAAAGCGCUUGUCAUCACAACUGAAAUCGGCGACAGAGAAGGAGAGGCAUCAUGCUACGGAAACCUAGGUAAUGUGUUUCUUUCGCUCGGGCAAUACGACAAGGCUAAAGGGUAUCUUCAAAAAGCGCUUCUCAUCACAACUGAGAUUGGCGACAGAAAAGGAGAGGCAUCAUGCUACGGAAACCUAGGUACUGUGUUUCUUUCGCUCGGGCAAUAUAACAAGGCUAGAGAGUAUCUUCAAAAAGCGCUUGUCAUCAGAACUGAGAUUGGCGACAGAGAAGGAGUAGCAGCUGACUGCGGAAACCUAGGUACUGUGUUUCAGUCGCUCGGGCAAUACGGCCAGGCUAUAAAGUAUCUCCAAAAAGCGCUUAAUAUCAGAACUGAAAUCGGUGAUAAGCGUGGGGAGGCAGCAGAUCUUGCAAAUCUUGGAAAUAUGUCCAGAACUGUUGGAAAUUAUGAAGCUUCGGAAGUAUGCUUGGAGAAAGCUUUAUCCAUAUCCAGAGAUAUUGGAGAUAGAAGAAGAGUGUUCCAAAUUCUUCAAGAAUACGCCGUUUUGUAUUUAUUUCAAAAUAAAGUCGACGACUCCCUUUCAUGUCUUCAACUUUGCAUUGAAAAGUAUGAGGAGCUCAGAUCUUUCUUGGGUGCCAAUGAUCAGUUCAAAACAUCAUUUCUGGAGCACUCAGGAAUAUUUCCCUACAAGCUGCUUUGUACUCUGCUUUGUGGCACCGGAAAAACUCGUGAUGCUCUUUAUGUUGAGGAGUUGGGUCGAGCCAGAGGUCUAUCAGACUUGAUGGCAGAGAAGUACUCGGUUGAAACGCACAUCUCUGCUAAUCCACAAUCUUGGUUUGGCAUUGAAAACGUUUUUAGAAAGAAACACAACUGUACUUGUCUGUACAUUUCUUAUUUUCACAAUCAUCUGCAUUUGUGGAUCUUGAAAACAGGUGGAGUCCUUCACCAUAGAAGAAUAUCACCUGAAGAGAAUCUAGUUCAGGCCGGGUUGCCCAAAGACUUGCCUCUGAUUGAAUUUUUGGCUAAAAAUUUCCGGAGUCUUGGUAUUUUGCCCAUUGAAGAUUGUGAAGAUCGAUCUUUAAAUAUGGUUGAAUUGCAGCCUCUCUCCCCCGAACAAAAGAGUUCAGCAAGGUUGCGACUCCUGGAGGAGGGCGAGGACGAGAAAGUCAUUUCAAGUCUAUCCUUGUGUUACAAAAUGUUUAUUGCCCCCGUUUAUCAUUUGCUUGAAGAGCCUGAAGUGAUUAUUGUUCCUGACCGCAAUUUGUACAAAGUUCCC